UUCCUUUUUCUCUACAAAUAAAAGUUAUUAUUUGCAUAUACAACGGUAUAGAAUAUUAGCUUAUCUUUGACAAUCUUAAUCAUUCAUUCGCGAGAUGUAUGUAAUCAAGACUAUCAAGUAUAAAAAGAUGGUAUGCUAAAACUUAAAGUUCAUUUUUUAUUAAACAUUGAUAAGUAUCAUUCAAUUUUUUCAUAAUGUGUGGCUCCUCUGCAAUUCAUAUAAUGCUUAGUGUCACAUUCAUAGUUUUUCUUUUUGGUGGUCUAUGCCAGGCUAGUCGGCAUGUAAGUGUGGAUAUCAUCAAUGACAUUGUUCCAAAUGUUCAAUUGGCACUACAUUGCAAAUCGAAGGACAAAGAUCUCGGAUCACAAUCUUUAGUCCCUCAUCAAUACUGGGGAUUUAGAGAAGCUAUUAAUAUUUGGGAAACCACUCUGUUCUUUUGUCAUUUUCAAUGGGGAAGUCAAUCUAAAUGGUUUGAUAUUCUUGCAACUAGGAGAGAUCAAUAUAUAUGUGAACAUCAUCCGUGUGUUUGGAGUAUAAGACCUAAUGGUCCAUGUAGAUUAACAGGUCAAGAACAAUGUUUUCCAUGGAAUGCAUAA